AUGGGGUUAGUGUUUCUUGCUGUUGUCUUGAUGCUGGUUUCUGCUUCUGCUGAUGAAGCCCCCUUCAUCGGAGUCAACAUCGGGAUGUCGCUGUCAAAACUCCCGAGCCCGGCCCAGGUGGUGUCCCUCCUGCAGGCACAGCAGGUGACCCACGUACGCCUUUUCGAUGCAGACGGUGACAUGCUUCGGGCCCUCGCCAACACAUCGAUCCGCGUGGCAGUCUCCGUCCCCAACGAGGACCUCAUCGCCAUCGGCCAGUCCAACACCACCGCCGCCAACUGGGUGGCUCGCUCCAUUCUCCCCUACCUCCCUCACACCGACAUCUCCGCCAUCUGUGUCGGCUCUGAGGUCCCCUCUGCCCUCCCCAAUGCGGGCCCCAUCCUCGUCCCUGCUCUGCAGUCUAUCCAUGCAGCACUAGUCGCCUCGGGCCGUGGGGCCCACAUAUUCGUCUCCACUCCUCUCCCUUCCUCCCUCAUCCUCGACGCAUUCCCCCCGUCCCAGGCCUUCUUCAACCGCACGUGGACUCCCGUUCUGCUCCCCCUCCUCACGUUUCUACAGUCGACCGGCUCGCCCCUCAUGCUCAACGUGUACCCUUACUAUGAUUACAUGCGGGCCCGCGGGGCCAUCCCCCUCGACUACGCCCUUUUCCAGCCCUUGCUUCAUUCCAAUGAGGCCAUGGACCCCAACACGCAGCUCCACUACGCUAACGUGUUUGAUGCCGUAGUCGAUGCAGCCUACUUCGCCAUGGAGUAUUUGAACUUUACAAAUAUACCCAUUUUAGUGACCGAAACGGGCUGGCCUUCGAGUGGUGGGCAGGAUGAGCCUGACGCGACCACUGAAAACGCUGCCACCUACAACAGCAAUCUCAUCCGCCAUGUGCUCAACGGCACGGGGACUCCCAAGCACCCUAGGGUUGGGUUUGGGACCUACAUUUACGAGCUUUAUAAUGAGGAUCUCAGGCCCGACCCUAUCUCAGAGAAAAACUGGGGACUCUUCACGGGGGACGGGGUGCCCGUGUACUCACUGCGGCUGACGGGAUCCGGGACAGUUUUUGCAAAUGACACGAUGAACCAGACUUAUUGUGUGGCCAGGAAAGGAGUGGACGUAAAGAUGCUGCAGGCAGGCCUGGACUGGGCCUGCGGCCCUGGGCGGGUGGACUGCUCCCUGUUGAAGCCUGGCGGGCCGUGCUACGAGCCCGACACUGUGGUGGCACAUGCAUCGUAUGCGUUUGAUGCGUAUUAUCAACGGAUGGGGAAGGGUGUCGGGACUUGUGACUUCAAUGGGGUGGCAGCCAUCACCACUACGGAUCCAAGUUAUGAACCUUGUGUCUAUCCUGGAAGUGGUGGAAUAAACGGCACAUUUCCAAACAGCACAGCACUUGCUCCAUCAUUUAACUCCACUGUAUCUGGUUGCCCUUCUGCAUUCUUGUGCAUUGUAGAUUUGUACAUUCCCUCUGUAGUUCUUGUUGCUGUACUCUGGGCUACCGUAUACUUGUAA